GCGUCGAUGUGCGCAGCCGCACGUACCAUACACGCACCAACACCAGUACACCAGCCCCUGCGGCCUGCCUGCCUGACCUGCCUCGUCUACCACACUGUACAUUCACAAUUGAGUCGCGAGACUGUGAAGUGAACACGCACUCUAGAGAUUUCUCCGCGGAGGAGCCAUUUCAGAUACCCAGCUUUGCUUACACUUUGUCUAAAUAUAGGUAUACCCACGAGUAACAACAAUAUAGGUUGCGGAUCUGGUGCUUUCUUAAGUGGAGCAACAACAAAAGCCGUGAUUAAAUUUGUUAGAUCUUUUGUGCUGCAAAAGAAGAACGCCUGAGAACUCGCAUUGUUUGGUUAGCCCGAAAGCCAAGUUCGGAGAUAUUGCGGGAGACUUCUGGAAUACAUAUAUAUAUAUCGGGCGUCAUACAAAAGGUUUACAACAUCUACGAGAUUCUGGCUGCACCGACCAAAGAAGCGCCUGGCGUGCCUUCGAUGCCAAUAUGUCUACGCAAUUUUACUCAGUACCUUCUGCGGUUCAGAAUGCCAUGGGCGGAACACAUCUUCAUACACCACAGUCCAUAUUCCAACAUACAAUGAGCCACCAGAGCACUACUCCACAGAACGAGUCGCAAUGGCUAAGGAUGCCACAAGUGCCUCCAAUGUCAAUGCCUUGGAGCAUACCGUCCUUCCAACAACCAGAUCUGGUGAGGUUUACUGGAGAGAGGCCUCUACAACCAUUUGGACCACUAGUUCAUCAGAAACGUAAAUUGGAAACUCCAGAUGUUGUUGACACACGGCCAACAAAACAGUUUAUUACAGAGGAAAAGAUGGCACAACAUUUUCGUGGUUUGUAUAUUAGUCCUAAUGCUGCUAAUGCUCAAGAUCCAGGUCCUUCAACAUCAGCAGCUAGGCAAAGUACAGGGCAAUUUGCGACAAAUGCAGAAAUGGAUAUGCCCAAUACAGUAGAUGCUGAUGAAAACAAUGAUCAUCCAAGACUAGUUAUAUCAGAAGAACUCAAAAGACUGCAACAAGAGCCAAUCCUUCCAUCAAGCUUGUUAUCAAAAUUGGAGAGGCCCUCCAUGGCUUUAGUACUUUGGGAACCACCAAACAAACAUUUACGCAUUUUACCAACUCCAAGGGACACGCCGACGCCUAUUCCCUCUUCCGACGACAGCAACAACAACGGUAUGGAUGUCAGCAGCAUAAAUAAUAAUAAUAACAACAACAACAACAACAGCAACAAUAAUAAUAAUGAGAGCAUUCCAAAUCUAAAUCAGACAAUGGAUGUAAAUAUCUCUGAUCCAACUCUUGAACCAAUGGAUCUUUAACUUUUUGUUGUCUGAACAUUUUCAUCGAUAUUCAUUGUUCAUUUUUUGUUAUCGCCUCAUAAUAUGCUUUACCGAUUCGUAUGUAAUUUAAAGUAGAAUUAAGAUCGAAAAGUUUCGUACUGAUAAUAUCUUAAAAAAAGAUGCUCAGUAAAUUUAUUUAGUAUUUUAAGAAAGUAAAAGUGAUGAACCAUAAGGUUGCUAUAUAGAUGAUAAUCUCAUUUCCUCAAUAAGUUUAAACAUUUUCACUCAGUUCCGAUUUUACUACAAGUAAUGCAACUUGGAGCCUAAUAAUUUUAUUGAUACACAAAUUUCUGGUUUUUAUAAACUCAUAUAAUAUACAGACUGAGUAAAAAUUUUAGGACGAAGUGAAAUGAUUGUGCAAUAUCAAAAGAAAAAUUAACAAUACAGUUUUUUUUUUCACGGAUGCGGAUAUAUGUGUUCAAAUUAACUUCUUCGACCAAUUCUUAAACUGCCCAUUAAAGUGAUUAAGUGAUUAGACAUCUUUUAAUUGGUUGUGGAUCAAUUUAGUUUUUUGGAUGUUUAUCGAGAAUGGAAUGCGAGCAUUUGAAUGGAAGCAUAAGCGAGUUACUAACUUUUUUUGUGUAUAUAAGGAAAGCUUGUAGUUUUAUUAGAGUGUCAAAUUUGUAUGUGAAAGUUUACGAAACGAGAUAACACGUAUAUCAGUAACAACAAAUUUCUUCAUGAUUGAGAAUGCCUUUAUUUUGAAAAUGUGUUUCUUCGAGCCAAGACUUAUAUCUUGUACAUAUUACUCAUAUUUAAAAAUCUUUGUUAUACUUCUAAUUGAAGUUCGAUGAUUGUCGUGUUUGUAUGAAUAAGUCGUGCAAUUAAAACAAACAUUUGAUA